AUGAGCACGAAGACUAUGUUGUCCAACAGUAUGGACGAAUAUGAUGAUAAUAAAGAUAUGUGUCCGAUUUGUAAGACUGAUCGAUACUUGUCUCCGGACCUUAAAUUUUUAGUCAAUCCAGAAUGUUACCAUAAGAUUUGUGAAUCGUGUGUUGAUCGUAUCUUUAGUCUAGGUCCAGCACAAUGUCCUUACAAGGGGUGUAAUAAGAUUUUAAGAAAGAACAAGUUCAAGACUCAGAUAUUCGAUGAUGUUGGUGUGGAAAAGGAAGUUGAUAUAAGGAAGAGAGUGUUUAAUGUGUUUAAUAAGACGUUAAGUGAUUUCGGUGGGAAUAUGGACGAGUACAAUAUCUAUUUGGAGGAAGUAGAAGAUAUAGUCUUCAAUCUGGAUCAUGGUAUUGACGUUGUAAAGACUGAAGAAAAAUUAAGGACAUAUGAAGAGCUAAAUAAGCAGCUUAUAUUGAACAACAUGGAAAGGAAUAAGCAAGACACUGAGAAUUUCGCUGCAAGACAACAGUUCGAAAAGGAAAUGAAGUUAAAAAAGAGAUUGCUUGAAAAACAGAUCGAAGAAGAAGAACGUUUCAAUAAAGAGUGGGCCAAGAAGGAAAUCGUUAAUAGACUCACAUCUUCAAAUUCCAUAGAUACGGAGGAUGUUAUUGAGGGUGUUAAAAACACAGUGAAAUUGAAAAAGUCUUCAGCUAGGAGGAAAUUAGAAGAGCUUAACAGAGUACUGAAAAGUAACCCAUAUUUCAGUUCUAAUAGUAAUGUGAGCAGGAAGAAAGAUAUGGUACCUUUUACACCGUUCAAUGGUGACAGAGAACCAAAGAAGAGAUUCACCGUUGAUGAAACAAUGUACAAUGAUCCUUUCAUUCAGGAUUUACAAAGCAAGAAAGAGUACAUUGCGUCUGGGUUUAGGACAGACUACGUCUUUGAUAGAAUUCUUACGGAAGCAUUUUUGGGUUUAGGAUGUGUGAUCUCAGAAGAACUGAAAUGA